AUUUAUAUCACUUCUCCUCAUUUACUAUUUGUGCAAAAAUAGUUUAGAAGGGAAACAAAAUGAUUGUUGGGUUGGUUAGUUGUGAUAGUCAGACUGGUAGACAAAUAAGAUUUUGUGAAGGCAUAACAUUCACUGGAAUCAUAAGAGUAUGCCACAAUGAAAUUCAUUGUGAAGAAGAAGUAGACGAAUCGAAAUUUUGACUUGCUCUGUCAUUUUUUUGUCUAAAGACAAGCAAAAUGUUUUAUAAUAUCCUACUGACCUGAAAUCGACUCUGCGGGUGUACUACAAAGUCUUUGUGUGUUUUCGCGCGUAUGUACAAUUGUGUCAUUUAUAGCCCUAACUACCUGCCUGUCGUCUUCAAAAAAAAAAAAACAUUUUUAUUCUCUAAUUGUUGAAAGACAACAGAAAUCUUAAACGUUUGCUAGUUGGGACAGUUAAUUUUCUCUUACGGAUGGAAUGUUAUUUAGUUAUUAUUUAAACUUUAUGUGUAACGUGGUAGCUAAAUUCAGAUGAACACACGCACAUACUACUAUUAGUACUAUAUAUUAGUAUUAUUAAUCUUACUUCCCAAAUCAGAAACACAUUAAAUACAAAAAGGGACAAUUCAAAAACGGAGUACUAUAUACACUGUUCAAAACGUUCAAUAUUAAAUGUUUUUAAGUAUGAAUCAUUCUUAAAUGUGAAUCAGAAAAGGAAUUAAUCAACUGCUUUAAACAAUCCCUUUUCUCUAAUCUACAGGAAAUCGCUGACCUUAUCAAUGAUCUCAUUUAACAACGGGAAAUAAAAAGAAAAAUCGAUAACGAAAUGAUGCAGUUAUCCGUGUGGGUUGAUUUUUAUCGACACAUAAGUACAUCAUCUAUUUUAACACUCCUUUUGACAAUUCAUAUUCAUCAAAAGACUUCCCCUCAACUCAUUAAUGCUCAAACUUCCCGUGUUAUCCGUAUCAAAGAGAAUACACCAGCAGGAACUGUUAUCAUUCCAGAUGUGAUAAAUUUUUUAUACAGUCGAAGUUAUUCUCCAACAGAUGCUUAUGAUAUAGAAAAAGGCAAAAAGACUGAUCAUCUCCUGGCUAUUGGUAAUUCAGUAAUGCAAGGUGCAAAUUGGUUUGCUAUCGAUGAGGUAAAAAAGAGUUUGUACAUUAAAAUACCACCAGACAGAGAUGCAUUAUGUCCAAGUGAACAGAAACUACCUGAAACUGCUGUGUCUAUAGCUCAUGGUGGUAUUGAAUUCCCUGAGUAUAAUCUUAAUCCAGGUGCAAAGUACAACCUACAGUUAACUAGUAAUAAUGUAGAUAAUAAUGAUUGUAUUAUAAAGCUGUCAAUUAUCCAUGGAUCAUCAUCAAAUCCUUCAUUUGAUAUGCUUACAAUAAUUAUAGAAGAUAUCAACGAUCAUGCACCAACUUUCAAAGAUAUUCAAAAUAACAUGGAUACAAAAACGAAUGAAUUUGUAAUUAGUGUAUUAGAAACACCAAGGUUAGCGGAUAAGAAAGAUGAUGGAGGAAUAAAGCACCGGAUAGACCAUAAACCGAUAAGAAUCCUUCUUCCAACGGCUACAGAUCCUGAUCAAGGUGUAAAUAGUGUGAAAGGUUAUCGUCUAGAAGGCGAAGAUGCUUUCCUCUUUCGACUUGAAGUUGGUCCCUCGAUUGACAAUGAUUUAAAUCAUCGAAUGCACAAAGAAUUUCAACAAGUUGGUCUUUUUCAAGAUCAUAAAACUAAUCGAUUAUGGUUAGUACCAGUUGGAAGCGGUGGGGCAACAGGAGUUGCAGGUGGAGUUGGUGGAACAAUUGGAGGAAGUGAUUCUUUGAAUAUUGGUGAAUUAGAUAAGGAGCAUCGUGGCGAAUAUCACCUCGUGCUAGUAGCUUAUGAUGGUGGCUCACCGUCAAGAAUCGGUAAACUCCCGAUCAAGUUGAUUGUUGAAGAUGUUAACGAUCAUGCACCAGAGUUUAAUCAAGAAUUCUAUACUGGAAGAAUGUCAGAAAAUGAUCCUGGUGGUCAUGUGAUCUUUGAAUUCUCUGCAAGAGAUAGAGAUAAUACUAAAGAGCAUGGGAUAGUGAAAUUUCGUAUACCAGGUCAAAAUGAACCGAGUCAAGGUCAAGGACAAUAUGAAAAUAAUGUGAAUACUGGUCAGAGGGAGAGAAUCAGUCUUUCAGAAAGUCAACUAAUCGCUGCAGAACUAUUUGCCAUUGAAUAUGCUUUUGAAAAGUCCAGUGAUGUAAUCAGCAAUCAAGAAAACUAUCAGAAUAGUACUACUUAUGGUCGAUUAAUUGUUAAAAGACAAUCUAAGGAGAAAAUUCAAGCAGCCGCUUCUAAGGCUAUUGCUAUUGCUCGACAAAAUCAAAUUUCUGGAUCUUCAAAAUUAUCAUCGAAUUUUGCACUUCAACAAGCACAUAUUACUGAAUUAUCAUCGAGUAGUGAUCAAUUGCACUUUUUCAUAGAAGCCUAUGACAAUGCUCCAAUACCCUUGAUAACAAAAGUACCUGUGAUUAUUCUUAUUACAGAUGUGAAUGAUCAUCCACCACAGAUUUUUAUCUCUUAUCUAAGACCUACACGUCCAUUAACUCAGGUAAAUUUAUAUAAUAAUGAUAGACGACAAAUGUGGGGUAAAAUUACAGAGAAUCUGGAUAGAGCAAUGAUAGCUCAGGUUACUGUCACAGAUAAAGACGCUACAUUUACUAACACAGAUGUUGUCUGUAAAACAAAUGAUAGUCGUUUCUCACUUGAAGAGAUAACCAAUGGUAUAGAUCGACCAGAAGAUCUUUCCUCCUAUUGGGGUAGAAAUGUUUUAUAUGGUACUAAUAAUCUUGAUCCUAAAUCUCAUCAACUAGACUGGCAUGCAACAAGUAAACCGUUGACAAAAAUGUAUAAACUCAUGUCUGUAUCUUCACUGGACAGGGAAUUCAAUGAUGUACAACCGUCUUUCAUAAAAUUUUCAAUUAUUUGUAUAGAUAAUCAGCAUAAUGAACUGCCUGGAGGUUCGUUGACAUCACAGGCAGAUGUUUUUCUUGAAAUUGAAGAUGCAAAUGACAAUCCUCCUGUGUUUGAUCACGGUGAGUACACAUUCCAUCUACCGGAAAAUCAUCCUAAAGUCAAGUCAGAACAUAAUAUAAAUCUUUCAGAAAAUGAACGAUAUUCAAUUGGUGCUGUCCAUGCUAAAGACAAAGAUGAAGGUAUCCAUGGAAAUAUUGAAUAUAAGUUGAUUUCCAAUCCAAGUGGUUCAAUACAAAUAGAUGAAUUCAGCGGGAUGCUUUAUGCUAUCCAACCAUUUGAUCGUGAAGUGAUGAGUGAACUCAUCUUUCAAGUGGUAGCAAUCGAUUGUGUCCACCAGAAUGGGAGUAGUUCUAAUGAACAAUGUGAUCCAUCUAUGCGGUUGACAGGCACUGCCAACGUUCGUGUAAUUAUUGAUGAUUUAAAUGAUUCUCCGCCUAUUUUUCAAGAAGGUAAUUAUCAUUUUGAGGUUGAAGAAGGCGUAGAUUUAGUCAAGGUGGGUCAAGUUUGGGCUGUCGACGCGGAUCAAGAUGAAGCAGCACGUAUCUCGUAUCGAUUAGCUGUUGGGAUGAAUAAUCGUUUCAAAGAGUCGACACCAGUAGAAGGGAAUUAUGUUGAACAAGGUGUUAAACCGUCAACUAAUCAAAAUCUUUAUGAUGAAGCGCUUGAAAUUACAACCCACUUUCAAAUUGAUCCUAGAAGUGGAUUGAUUCAUUUAAAGGGGAGGUUAGAUCGUGAAAGACGUGCGCAUUAUGAAUUUGUUGUAUUGGCAGUAGACAAUCCUAGAGCGAUUCCGACGAAAUUGGCUGGAAAUAGCAGACAUAUAAGCAGUGAAGUUAUUCAGUUUACAUCUACAGUAACUGUUUUGAUCACUGUACUAGAUCAUAAUGACAAUGCUCCAAGGAUACUUAGUCCAUUGAAUCAUGUGGAAUUUAUGUUAAGUCCAGAUCAGUUGAUUGCUGGCAACACAAUAUUCACCAUCCGUGCUACAGAUCCAGAUCUAGGUGAAAAUGGUACUAUAGAAUAUAAACUACUUCACGUAGAAGAUGAUCUUGGUUCAUGGAAUUCUGGUGAAACGUCUCAGAGGACUGUUCAAGGAAAUCAUAAUCAUCAAAAUAUAACUGAACCCAGCGUACAGUAUGCGCAUAAAACAUCAGAUCCAAAAGAAAUUAGUGAUAUUUAUCCAUUUGCUGUGGAUAGAACUGCAGGGAUUUGUUACCUCAGAGAAAAUCUACCACCGUUAAAUGUUGAUGGACCUAGAGCGUAUAUGCUUCGCAUACUGGCCUAUGAUUUAGGGCGACCAGAAAGUUUAAAUACAACAUUAAUAGUUCGUGUAGUUCGUCAAAUAGCUUCCAGUGGAGAUGUUGCAAAUGGUGUGUUAUAUUCAAAUAGAAUGAUUACAAAAGAAUAUCGGCAGAUUGGAAGGUUGGAAUCUCAGCAUAAUUUAUUAUCGUCAAAUGGACAUAGUUCAGGUGUAGAUGUGAAAGCUGGUACAUGGACAUCCUCAGGACAGGCUAGAAUAUCCGAUAGGACAAUGGUUGUCAUCUUAUCCAGUGUCUUUGUUCUUCUGCUACUAACAACUAUAGUUCUUUUGUUGUUAGUUCGUUAUAGACGCUUAUUAAUAAGAAAUAUUCCAUUAGAACAAAGUUUAGCCUGUGAUGGACCUGAUUCAAAAGCGAAUGAAGGUUUUGCUGCAGGUAAACCAUUGAGUCCAAGUCAAAAUAAUCUGAAUGGUUUUAGUGGAUUUUUCGGUGAAGUUGUUACUGCUCCAUGGGUUCGUGGAUCGACAUCGCCAAUCGCUUGUCCAACACCUUAUAACUAUCCAACUAUAUACAAUACAGGUGUUAGUCGGUCAAGAGGAUGUAUCAUCAAUCCAAAUGCCUGUUGGUCACCUACAACAACCUUGUGUAAAUCCCCUGUUUCUAAUACAGAGAAUCAGCGGAAAUUUAUGCAAACGCCUACAUCAAUGUGUCAUACAUCUCCAACGCAUACAUUCAGAUUAUUACCAACAUUCACUGGUGGAGUAAAUAGUAGUAAUGGGAACAGUGGUAACAAUGAAGCGGGUCGACUAUUUGAUUCAUCCAUUUCUGGUGGGAAUUCUACAUUUUCUGGUCUACCCGGUGGUUUUAUUCUACAGAACUACAGUCUCCGUGAUGAUGCUGACGAUGGCGAUGAUAUUGAUGGAGAAGACGGAGAAGGUGGAGCAGGGAAUAAUCGAACAUUUCAAGAUAUAACAACAAAUAAUCAAAUUACUACUACUACUAUGAAAAAUCGUUUACAGAAUAGUACAGAGAAAAGAGAUCUACAGAAUCCUAUGUCAGAACAGAUAUUUUCAAAAUCCCUGGCUAAUAAUCUUCAUUGUCAAAAUAAACUAUGCGAAACAAGUGAAAUGACUCAAUCAUUUUCCUCGUUGAAACGAACAGCUAUCAGUCUCGAAGAACUUAAUGACUACAAAGAUGAAACAAACUCCCGAAAUUACAGUCGUCUAGUCCGUUUCCAAUUGACACAAGAUGAAAUCGAAGCCAAUAAUGAUCCUGUCAACUGUGUACACUUACCGAAUAGAAGUGAAUAUCAAACGCUGACAUCAUUCCAUCGUGAUGAAGAGAAAUACUCGCCUAAUCCAAACACUUCACUAUCUUCGAGUUGGAUUAAGCAUAAUCAAACGGAAGAGGAAUCGAGUCAAGCCUUUUCAAAUCCAUACGAUCAAUUAAAUUGUAAAGUUCGUUUUAAACCAUUUAAAACUAAUGGUAACAAUAAUAAUAGUACUUUUAAAAAUAUUCAUACUACUAAUAAUGGUUGUAAUAAUAAUACUACUACUAAUAACAAUAAUAACAGUAGUCUAUUUCAAGACUUUUUCCAACUUCAACCCCUAACAUCAAAUCAACACCCAGAAGGCAAUAAUAAUAAUAAUAAUAAAACAGGGUCGUCUGAGAACACGUCAAAGUCGGAUGACUUUUACCUGUCAAAUGACAUCCACAGAAGUGAUAAUGACUUUUUCCAGAUCAAUAAAACGGUAACAAAGCUGAGCAAACUUAAUCCUGUCUCGGAUUGUUCCACAGUUGAUUGUAUGCAUAAUAUGAUAAAUUGUAAUCGUAAUCACAAUGAUCAUAAUAAUAAUAAUAGUAAUAAUAAAAACUCGAAUAGCGGUAAUAAUAAAUCACCGAGUAAGUCAUCCGAAGAUAAAAAACUACUCAAAUCAACACGUCAACCAAAAGUGGUCACUUUAAUUUCACCGAAAAAAGAGCCCACCAUUAUUAUGAAUGAAACACAAUGUCUGUUUACAGAUAAAGGCAAUGGUAUUGUGAAUAAAUCUUUAAAUACAGAGGGAAGUUUUGUUUAAAUUAACAACCGCCGAAGAUGAUGAUUCAAUGUGUUCAAUACAUACAUGUUAGGUUCCACAAUAUUUUUAUUUUAAUUUGAAAUAUGAACAUAAGAAAUUAUUCGACUUUUUAUUGAUUGAAAUGAUGUAUUUAUUCUACGUUUCCAUAGAAAUAUGGAUAACAAAUAUACAUAUAUGUGUCAUAAGACGAUACACACAGAUGAGUUAAACAAAUUCAAAAAUAGAUUAUUUAACACAUGAUUUCAUUUUUUUUCUUUUCUGAUUAUUUCAUUGCUAAUUUUGUUUUUUUUCCUUCUAAAAAUGAUUUUCUCCCGCUCUCCCUAAGCUAAAACAAAGUAUGAAUCUUGUGUAAUAUUGAACAUUGAAUCAAUUGAUUUCCUCUUCAACAUUCACCUUCUUAUCUAUAAAGCUUGUUUUAAUUUGCUUCCGGACGCAUAAAUUCAAAUAUUUGGCGCGAAAUACCUGUUUAAAAAACAGACAUAUAAAAUAAAGUCUAAACAAAGAAUAUAUCUGUAUAUUUUUUAACAAAUAAAUAUAAUAAACUAACUGAAUCUUGAUCACAGUUCGUAUGAAUAACUGAAAUAUUAUUGUAAAUAGUUGGGAAAUACAUUUACAUUUGGUUAAAAGGAAUUUAUUUAUUUAUUUAAUUGGAGUUGUAACUUAUGUCUAACGAAGCGAGAAGGCGUUUUGUAGAUGCUUGUUAAAUAAAAGGAUUCUGUGAGUACG